AUGGCGACAGGACCAUCACCCCAUUCCAUGGCAGAGGGAAACACACCGAGCACAGUCACCCUUCAUAUACUCUGCCAGUCUCUCCCCCCUCCAAGCCGGUUUACACUCGACAACGUUCCACUCUCCUCCACUAUCGCACAGCUCAAGAGCCGGAUCGAACAGUCCUUUCCAAAUAAUCCUCAGGCAUCACACCAAAGACUCAUUUACCGAGGAAAACCCCUAACUGUCGAUGAGGCAACACUCAGCGCAGUAGUCUCAGCUAUGGAGGAAGGCACGUAUAGCAUGCACCUUGUGCUGCCACCUGAGCCAGCACAAACAGAAGUACCUCCUGUCUCUGCCAUGUCGCAUGGUUCGCCUCUCGGGAAUUCUACUCAACCUUCCUCUUCCUCUUCCACCUGGUUGAAUCCUGAUACUUCGGGGAUUGCAUCCAAUACAUCCGCGUACUCCAGUAUUCCCAGGACAAUGAGUGCCAUUCCAGCAUCUCCACAUAUCACAUUCAAUCAAUACGUCCACAACUCUUCACCUAAUCAACAUUCAGCAACUAUACAUGCACCAGAAGCCGACGGUGCAGAAUCCUCUCCUCUCAUUCACACUUUACGAGGUCGCAUCGUGGAGAUUGAAGGACAACUAGACCGGCGUAUCAUGCCAUCCAUGGAGAAUAUCAUUCGUAUACGGAACCAGCUUCUUGAAAUUCAAGACAGACGAUCUGCGAGCCAACUUCCUCUCCCUGGUGUUGCAGAACUGGUUGCCCGUAUUCUCGAUGCUCAACAGCGUGCCCGCCUAAUGGAAUAUAUGCAACAACAGCAAUUGCAGACACAGCACUCGCAGACAGGCGUCCAUGUCCAUUCCCUCGCCGAUCCCCAAAAUGGGCACCAAGUAAGCCACCAAGGAACUACCUCUCAGUUCUUCAUGCUGGCUUCGCCAACGGGAGACCAUAAUAGCAUCGUGAGACAAAGUCACUCGCCAUCCCGACCCGCACCGCAGCAGACGGUUUCGCCUAAUACAGUUCUCGCUGGCGCAUCCGGCGCACCUCAAGCACCCCAAUCGCCUCCAGCAUAUCAAGCACCCCAGGCAUAUCAAGUGCCUCAAGCACCCAACCAAAACGCAGCGGUAGUCCAGAACGCCCUCCGCCAAGCAAUACUCAACCAACAGCGCCGAGACAACAAUGUCGAGCACGCUGGUCUGGCACGGCACAUCCGCCGCAUCUGGCUGUUCACCCGUCUGUGGCUCUUCUGCUAUCUCACUAGCGCCCCAGGUACCUGGAGACGUUACAUCUUCGUCAGCAUUGCUUUACUUGUCUCAUUCUUCUCCGAGACCAAUAUCCCGCGGCAGCUUGCGACUCUGGUUAUCAGUCCCAUCCAACGCCAUCUUGAGGGCCUCACCCAUGCCGGUGGCCUAGCCGACCGAGCCACUCAAAAUGGAGCCAAUAACGUUGCGGAGUUCAGUAUUUGGGACCAGGUACGCCGUGCGGAGCGAGCCCUUGUUUUGCUUUUUGCGAGUCUGGUUCCCGGUCUAGGUGAAGGACAUGUCCGCGCUCGCACUGCGGCAGACCAAGCUUUCGUAGCUGAGCAGGAACGUCAGGCACGGGAACGUGAGGAGCAGGAGCAGGCACGGGACCAGGAGCGUCAGGAGCAGGAACAAGCUCAACCUGGCGUGGUGGAAGACGCGGGGAAUUCAGGCAUUGAACAGGAGGUUCCUGCCGCGCGCGCACAGUCUGAAAUCUAA